CGUCGAGCGGAAGUGACGUAGGACGGCCGCCGGAGGUGUCGUUGGUGGGUUGCGCGGCUGGGCCUGAUAGUAGACUGGGUUCUGCGGCCAGGAAGAGAGCGCGAUGUCUAUCGAAAUCGAGUCCUCGGAUGUGAUCCGUCUUAUCAUGCAGUACCUGAAGGAGAACAGUUUACACCGGGCACUAGCCACCUUACAGGAAGAGACUACUGUGUCUCUGAAUACCGUGGACAGCAUUGAGAGUUUCGUGGCUGACAUUAAUAGUGGCCACUGGGACACAGUUUUACAGGCUAUACAGUCUCUGAAAUUGCCAGACAAAACCCUCAUUGACCUCUAUGAACAGGUUGUUCUGGAAUUGAUAGAACUCCGUGAAUUGGGGGCUGCCAGGUCUCUUCUGAGACAAACUGACCCUAUGAUCAUGUUGAAACAAACGCAGCCAGAGCGGUAUAUUCAUCUGGAGAACCUCUUGGCCAGGUCUUAUUUUGAUCCUCGUGAGGCAUACCCAGAUGGAAGUAGCAAAGAGAAGAGAAGAGCAGCAAUUGCUCAGGCCUUAGCUGGGGAAGUCAGUGUGGUGCCUCCAUCUCGUCUCAUGGCAUUGCUGGGGCAGGCGCUGAAGUGGCAGCAGCACCAGGGGUUGCUUCCUCCUGGCAUGACCAUAGAUUUGUUCCGAGGCAAAGCAGCUGUCAAAGAUGUGGAAGAAGAAAAGUUUCCUACACAGCUGAGCAGGCAUAUUAAGUUUGGUCAGAAGUCACAUGUGGAGUGUGCUCGAUUUUCUCCGGAUGGUCAGUAUUUGGUCACUGGGUCUGUUGAUGGAUUCAUUGAAGUAUGGAACUUCACAACUGGAAAAAUCAGGAAGGAUCUUAAGUACCAGGCCCAGGAUAACUUUAUGAUGAUGGAUGAUGCUGUUCUCUGCAUGUGUUUCAGCAGAGAUACAGAAAUGUUAGCAACUGGGGCUCAAGAUGGAAAAAUCAAGGUUUGGAAAAUUCAGAGUGGACAGUGUUUAAGGAGAUUUGAAAGGGCACACAGUAAAGGUGUCACCUGUCUAAGCUUUUCUAAGGAUAGCAGCCAGAUCCUCAGUGCCUCUUUUGACCAGACAAUUAGAAUUCAUGGUUUAAAAUCUGGGAAGACCCUGAAGGAAUUUCGUGGCCAUUCUUCCUUUGUUAAUGAAGCAACAUUUACACAAGAUGGACAUUAUAUUAUUAGUGCAUCCUCUGAUGGCACUGUAAAGAUAUGGAAUAUGAAGACCACAGAAUGUUCAAAUACCUUUAAAUCCCUGGGCAGCACUGCAGGGACAGACAUCACUGUCAACAGUGUGAUCCUGCUUCCUAAAAACCCAGAGCACUUUGUGGUGUGCAACAGAUCAAACACAGUGGUCAUCAUGAACAUGCAAGGGCAGAUUGUCAGAAGCUUCAGCUCUGGUAAGAGAGAAGGUGGUGACUUUGUUUGCUGCGCCCUCUCUCCCCGUGGUGAAUGGAUUUACUGUGUGGGAGAGGACUUUGUGCUCUACUGUUUUAGCACAGUCACUGGCAAACUGGAGAGAACUCUGACAGUUCAUGAAAAGGAUGUGAUUGGUAUUGCACAUCAUCCCCAUCAGAACCUGAUUGCUACCUACAGUGAAGAUGGACUCCUAAAACUCUGGAAACCCUAAUUAGACUUUUUUCUUUAAACUAGUCUGAGAGCAUGUACUUAAAUGAAGACAUAUUCAUGUGUUGCUUUUUUUUUUGCCAGUUUCUCUGACUAACUUGUCUGAAUUAGGCACAAGAAUAAUUUUGUGAAAGUUCAUGUUUAAGUUAGCAGUUACCCUUUUUAUACAUUUUUAAGGUAUUCAUUUGUCUUUCUAAUUGGGGCAGUCACUUAAUGUUUUCAAUUAUCUUUUACCUGGAGAGUGAAGUAAUUGAUAGUUCUAAAAAAAUUAUAAUCCUUUGAUUAUUGCAAUUCUGAUUAAAAUGUGCCUCCUUGCAGUAAACUUGUAAAUAGGAACUAUCCCAUAUUCAGUAGCUAGUCCUUUUUUUUUUUUUUUUUUUUUAGAUGGUAAUAAACUUUAUACCUUUCUGGAGUCUUUGUUCUUAAAUGUGAAAGUUGCUUAUCUGGUUAGCAUAUUAGAAUCUAAUGAGGUGGGUGGGACAUGGACAUUAUUAUGCUCGAAUCUUAAAUACAGUAGGAAGUCAACUUCUGGGUAGAAAAAGAAACUAUAUGUGAAAAGGUUGGAUGUUACAUAGGAUCACAUUUCACUGCCUUUACCCUUCCAUUCUUUUCUUUUUUUUUAAAUUUUAAAUGAAUAGCUGUUUUUAUUCUAAGUAAUUUUUUUAAAAAUCUUUAUUGUUGAGAGUAUUAUAGAUGUCCCCUCUUUUCUCCCCCACUACCCCCCUCCGCCUGGUUCCUGCCCACCCCAGGCCUUCACCACCCUACUUCUGGCCACAGAUAAGAUCUUUGGUUAAUCUCUU